UACUUUGAGCCAGACGAAUACACUGUCUUAGACAAAGACAGAGACAUUAUUCUAAAGAAAUGAGGAGACCGUAUAUACUUGUUUUUUGCUUAUUUUCCAUGGCACAGCCAGGGACUGCCAAGUUCCUGCUCUCAGGCUUUCCACAAUUCUGCUCUCAGGCUUUCGACACUUGUGAACAAAACGUGGAUACCCUUGGAUGCCUUGAAAGGUAUAUGAGAAACUGUACUAAAAAGCCUGGAAGACUGCAAAACCCAAACUUGCAUUUGAUGACUGUCAAUUCCUCAUAUACGGCCAGAGUGGAUACUAACUAUGGACAUGCCAUUCAUAUUCCUUCAGAAGCACUCCUGAGAAGCAUUAGGGUGCAGGCAAACAUCAGUAGUUAUCACGUGGACUUGAAAGUAUUUGUGCUAAAUGCCAGCCUUUUUGAGGUAUCUUCAGCAUCUGUUCAUGAGAAUGAGAUCGUAAGGGAUCAUAAAGUCUUAGGUGUGUGGCUUGGAGAAAAGCCUGUUCAAAACCUCUCUCACCCUAUUACAAUGGUAUUUGCCAAAGACAACCAGAAUGAGAAUGGAACGUGUGUCUUCUGGAAGCACUCAAAUGGUAGAGACAAAGGGAACUGGAGCACUGAUGGCUGCAGCACCUCAAGGGAGAAUACACAAUUAAUCUGCACUUGCAAUCACCUUAGUUUUUUUGCAGUACUUAUUAAUCCUGGGAGUGUGCCAGACCAUGAAGACACUUAUCGUCUUACGUAUAUCACAUACAUCGGGUCUUCUUUCUCUGUGGUAUUCACAGUCAUCAUCAUUGUACUGUUUCUAAGAGAAAGGAAGACAAAGGCAGAGCACUCAGUCAUCAUUCAUACUGAGCUAGCAGGCUCACUGUUACUCCUCCACAUCACCUUCCUGGCCAGUAGUCUGUGGUCUGAAACAGAGAGGGUAUGUCAAGUCCUGGGGCUCAUACUGCACUGGGCCCUGUUGGCUGUCUUCACCUGGACAGCUAUUGAAGGCGUACACCUGUACCUGCUCCUCGUGCGGAUCUUUAACAUCUACAUAAGGAGAUACCUACUCAAGCUAAGCCUGGUGGGUUGGGGCAUUCCUACCAUUAUAGUGAUGAUCUGUGGAGUGGCUGGUACAUAUGGCAAGUACACUAUCACAGAGAAAGACAGCAAUAGCACAGCAAUCUGCUGGGUUACCUCUAAAGCUGUAAGUGAUAUAACUGUGAAAGGUUAUUUGGGGCUGGUAUUACUCUUCAACAUAGCCAUCCUGGCAGUGGUCGUAGUAAAGCUACAUAAGCUCAGAGCACGGGAUGUCCAGAGUGGAAUCAAGGUGAACAGGAUAUGGAAGGACUGGGCCACUAUACUGGGACUCAGCUUGGUUUUGGGGCUGCCCUGGGGGCUGGCCUUCAGCACCCAUGGCCCCCUGAGUCUAAUAGGAGUGUACAUCUUUACCAUACUCAAUUCCUUUCAAGGAUUCUUGAUGUUCCUGUGGUUUUUAUCUAUCACAUGUCAUUUAAAUCGUGAGGAUCAACAUACAGGGAAGGGCAUCUCCAUGAGUAACCUCAGCUCAUGAUAAUGGCAUUAAGGCACUGAACUGCAAUGUACUGGGGUUUUUCCAGAAAACAUAUUAAUAUAAUUAAAAAAAAUAAUAGCUUCUAUGUUCUGCCUGUGUCUAUGUGGGUUUCCUCUAGUGUCUCCAGUUUA